UGAUUACUUCAAACUUCAACCACCACAUUGAUGUGUCUCCCUGUUUAUACUUUAUAAUCUUUCAUAGCUCUCUAUCAACCCGAAUCAAACUGCAAAGCCUUGUUCCGGGGAGUUUGGCUUAUGGCGUCGACUGCUUUGGGUUACUUGUCAGCUCCGCUGGUGUUAGGUCCACUCUGUUAUAGCUUCAGAUUUUGCUCUCUUUUCAAAAAAGCGUCUCCCUUGUCUUCUAAAUCUACUCGACUUUCUACUGCUAGAAUUAUCACUUCAUCAACCGCCUUUGUGGAUGACAAACCAGAUCGAUUUAUAAAGGAAAAUGAGGCGGACUUGCGGACCAACAUUCUAGCUUGUCCCAUUUGCUAUGACCCCUUCAUUUGGAAUGGUGAUUCACAACCAUCCAUGAAUUAUGUUGCUCAGCCCAGUUUAGAGUGCAACACUUGCCGAAAGGCAUACUCAAGCAAUGAUACACAUCUUGACUUGACAAUUGCUAGUGGUGGAAAGGCUUACGGGGAAAUUCUAGCAGCUUCUACUGAGCUUUUUAGGGUUCCUUUGGUAUCCUUUCUUUAUGAAAGAGGUUGGCGGCAAAGCUUUUCUUUGUGGGGUGGUUUUCCUGGCUCAGAAAAAGAGUUUGAGUUGAUGAAAGAGUAUCUUAAGCCUGUCAUGGGUGGAAAUAUCAUUGAUGCUAGUUGUGGGAGUGGCUUGUUUUCAAGACAGUUCGUCAAGAGUGGACUGUUUUCUCUUGUUGUUGCUUUGGACUUUUCAAAUGCCAUGUUGCAGCAAUGUUAUGAAUUCAUCAAGCAAGAGGAGAACUUUCCUAAGGAGAACAUAGUAUUGGUUAAAGCUGAUAUUUCAAGACUUCCAUUUGCAUCAAGUUGUGUGGAUGUUGUGCAUGCUGGUGCUGCCUUGCAUUGUUGGUCGUCACCAUCAUUAGCGGUAGCUGAGAUAAGUCGUGUAUUACGGCCUGGGGGGCUAUUUGUUGCCACGACCUACAUUGUGGAUGGCAUCUAUUCACUUAUCCCAUUCUUGAGACCUUUACGUCAGACUCAACAUUUUGCGGGUUUCAUAUCUUGUGUUAUGUGAGUCCAGAAUUUCGCUCAAGUCUCGGGAAGUCACAUAUUCUUGAAUGAGAACGAACUUGAAGAUUUGUGCACUGUUUGUGGGCUUGUGAGGUUUAAGUGCAUCAGGAAUGGACGUUUCAUCAUGCUCUUUGCCAUGAAGCCUAGUUGAUCGUUUUGGUUAUCAGUUUGUUAAACUAUUGUACGCUAUUUUAUUUGGAUGUUUUCCUAUUGAUUAUGAAAAAAGUUGUUUUGUCCAAAAGAUCUGCAAAAGACUAAAUAUGCUAUCACUUUUGAACUCUAAUCAUGUAUUUAUCAAUGCUCAGGCAAACGUACACAUAUAUGUAAUGCCCAUAUUCCUCUACAGAGUCGUCUUUUUCAAAUUCUUAUUAGUUAGAAAUAUAGAAUAAAGAGUUCACUUCAGACAUGUGGUAGUGUUGAAUGUAUUUGCUUAAUGUAUAAGAAAAACUUUGAAAGUACUCAU